AGUCUCUGCGCCCCAACCAGCUGCUGCUCCCCCUCCCCCUCCUCGAGGCUGCUGCGGCUGCCAGCCCAGACAGAGCCAACUCCUCACAGGCGGCCUUGCUUGCAGGAGGAGCAGCCAGCGAGCCGCGCAGCCGGGGGAAGGAGCAGACGCCCCGGGAAGCCUGUUUUCUCAGGUUUUGGAAGUAACAGAGUACUUGGUCACUAAAUCCUCACCUGAAGGACGGUUGUAUGCUUAAACUUGGAAGGCUCUACGUUGGGGUUCUUCAGCUCUCUUAAUUCCCAGAUUUUCUUUCCCAGAAGAAAUGGACCUUGUGUGUGAGAAGAGUCCAAGUCAAUAAUGCGACAACGAUAACAUUGAAAGUCUGCUGGAGAAGAAUCGCUAAUUCUUAUAAGUGGUUUUUGGUUUUUUUUCAUCCCUUAUAAAACAAACCACUUCAAAAUCUGCAAACAAAAUGCCAGCUAAGACACCCAUCUACCUGAAAGCUGCCAAUACUAAGAAAGGGAAGAAAUUCAAAUUAAGGGAUAUUUUGUCUCCUGAUAUGAUCAGUCCACCACUCGGAGACUUUCGCCACACCAUACACAUUGGGAAAGAGGGACAACAUGAUGUUUUUGGAGACAUCUCAUUUCUGCAAGGAAAUUAUGAGCUGUUACCUGGGAACGAGGGAACACCAAGAGUUGGUCAGUUUGGUGGACAUAAUGAGUUCUUAAGGGCAAACAGCACCUGUGACUCCAUGUUUACAGAAACUCCUUCACCCGUGCUCAAAAAUGCCAUCUCGCUUCCUGCCAUUGGUGGUUCUCAAGCCCUUGUGUUGCCCUUAUUGUCACCAGUGACAUUUAAUUCGAAGCGGGACUCUUUUGGGCCAUCAAAGAAUCCAAGGCUUAGUUGUGAGCCAGUAAUGGAAGAAAAAUUGCAGGAGAAAAGCAAACAGUUGGAGAAUGGGGAAAUGUACAAAGAUGACAUUCUAUGGGAGCCAAAUGGUUCUGGAUCGCAUUAUACUAAUGGCAGAGAGAGUCAUUCAUCCAGCCUUUCUGAACAGUGCACUGAUUGGCAAACAGUUGACUUACUUGAUGACAGUCAUCUCUCAUGUGAACUAACCAAGGCAGAGACUAAGUCAGAAGAAUCCUUGUCAGAUCUUGCAGGCUCGCUUCUUUCUUUGCAGCUUGACCUGGGACCCUCACUUCUGGAUGAAGUCCUCAAUGUAAUGGACAAAAAUAAAUCCUAGGACUGUUGUACUUUUUUGCCUCUUUGUAAAUGAUACAUUUAAAAAAAAACAAACUGAAGAAUAUAUAUAUUAAAAGAUCAGCUGUAUUAGCAGUUGUUUGAGUUUUCUAAAAAUCUUUAAAAAUAUUUUUUUAUGUUUUUCAUGUUUUUUUGUUUUGGGGGUUUUUUUAGUAUGGUAAAUAUCUCGUAGCAGGAGGAUACAUUUUAAUAAAAGUUUUCAGCAACCAUACAAAUAUAUUUCAGAUACCAGUAUUAGUUAUCAAAAAAUUAAGAAAUGUUGUUUGGGGAUAAUAAUGCAACUUGUGACCUUAGCUUAACUGACCUUCAGUGGCUUUUGAGUAAUCAAUCUGUAAGCAUCAACUAGAGACUUAUGAGGUGAAGAAUAAAUAUUAACUAUUUCAACAUUGUGUUACAUCUAAGAUUCUUUCUAGAAUCUUAAAUUGUUUAAAUUACUACUAUUUCUUUUAGCUGCACUGUAACUAGUUCUUCAAUAUUAAACAGUUGCUCUGUGUUCACAUAUGAACGACUUGGGGUGAUUCAGUUUAAAUAUGGGUCAGAGCCACAGGUGCUAAAGAUCUGGCCCUAUAUCUAUAGAUCAGAUCAAAGACAAUACGUUGUAAACACAGGUAACACAAGCAAAAUAUUACUGUGUUUAAAUUAUUUUAAGAGUUAAAAUAUAUAUUUUUAUGCUUAUUUGGCUUUUUUUUUUUUUUUUUUUUUUUUUUACUGCAGAGUCUACAUUUACAGAUAGAGUAUCAUCAAAGUAGUUGCUUCACCAUUGGCGGUCCUUUGUAAACUGUGUUUUUGAGUGUGAAAAAAUAUGUAUUGAUAACUUAGCUUUUUCCUUCAUUUACUACCAGAAAUGCUUAAACUUGCAACUGAUUGUCACCUUUUAAAGAACGCACUGAUUACUCACAGUGUGUAAAGAAACUGUGCUGCAGUGUGAUGUUUUGGGAAAUGUGGAUCCUUAACUACACUACAUACAUAAAUUGCGUAGAUACUCUGAGCAAUACAAUAAAGAAUAAAUGUUUAAA